AUGGAUCCCUCAAGCUCCAUUUCCUCUGAACUUACUAUAGACGAACAAGCUGUGCAAGUAGAGAUCACCACCCGUUUGAAAAGUGAAUUAUACAAGGCUGCAUUUAAUGGCAAUUUGGAAGCAUUCGAUGCUUACCAGGGCUCUCUUCAUUGCCUAAUGACCCCAAACCAAAACACAGUGCUCCAUGUUCAUUUGGCAUCCCCAGAUGACGGGACUGGAUUGAUCAUUCACUUAUUUCCAUUUCUAUGUUGCUAUUUUAGAUUCCCAGCCAAAAGUUUAAGAUCCACCAACUUUGUUGAACAAAUUCUUAACAGGAGCCCAUCAUUACUACUGAAACCCAAUGCCAAAGGAGAAAUUCCUUUACACAUUGCAGCGAGGUUUGGGAAAGUUAACAUAGUGGAGCUUCUCAUCAAGCACGCAAAAGCUGAACACAGAGGCCUAGAGAAUGAGAUAGAACCAGCGAAGCAGAUGUUGAGAAUGACAGAUAACGAGAAAAAUACAGCUCUGCAUAAAGCAGUUCGAUAUGGCCAUGUUGAGGUGGUGCAUGCAUUGAUUCAAGAAGACCCUGAUUUCUCAUAUUCCGUUAAUAAAAGCGGAGAGAUUCCACUUUACAUUGCAGCUAGGAGAGGAUAUGAUCGCUUGGUGAGAAUGAUAUUAGAUAGAUGCGAAUCCUCUAAUCAUGACGGCCCCUGUGGUAGAACAGCUUUGCAUGCAGCAGUUAUGUCCUUUGAUAUAAAGAGUACAGGAGAGAUCUUAAAGAAGAGAAAGAAUUUGAGAAAAGCAGCAGAUGAAAAUGGACAGACUCCGCUUCACUAUGCUGCACAUUUCGGUUACGACCGAAUUGUGAAGCUAUUGCUGGAAUGGCCCCUGUCUGCAGCCUACAUAAUUGAUAAAGAGAAGAUGACACCUCUUCUUAUGGCAGCUAGGCAAGGCAGUUAUCGGACAAUGAGAGAGAUUAUCAACCAUUGUCCGGGUUGUUGCGAAAUUGUGGACAAAAAAGGCUGGAACUUUUGUCACUUCGCUGCCGUUUCUUUAUUUAUCAUAGAUCUAUGUAAAAUGUUCCUUCCAGCUAACAAAUUAUACAGUUGUAGAAGAUUUCUGGACGAGGAAGAUAUCCAUGGAAACACACCUCUCCAGGUGUUGGCUGCUUCCCGCGAUUUAAGUUUUUGGAUUGGUCACACGUUUAAAGAUGAUGUGGUAACGGUUUCAAAGGAGAACCUUGAUUCCAAGAAAAAGGAACAAAUCUCACAAUUAUUAAAUGAAGUCAGUAGAGGAGAAGUGGCUGGUGUAGCAGUUUGUCCCCUACUCCAUAAUUCGAUAGACCUGGAACGCUUUGAUAAAGCAAGAGAGGCUCGUUCAUUCGUUGCAGGCCUUAUCGCCACCGUAACGUUCGCCGCAGCAAUUACCUUACCCGGUGGUUACUAUAGUGAUCAAGGCACAGCAAUCCUAAGUCAUAACACUGCUUUCAAAGUAUUUGUUAUAGCAGAUGCCAUAGCCAUGGUUUUCUCUUUGUUAGCUAUCAACCUUAACUAUCUGUCCGCGCUACCCAUUGCAGUUGCAAAAAGAAGACUAUCCGGAGCUUUUCCAUUUAGCCUCAUGUCGUUGUUCAGCAUACUUAGUGAAGUAGCGCUCGUGAUAGCUUUCGUCGCAAGCUUAUAUGCAGUGUUAAAAUCUUCGUUGACACCUGCUAUUAGCGCUUGCACCAUUACCCCGGGCUUCUAUUACUUUUAUUUGUGGUUGAGGUAUUGCGUGUUGCUUCUUAGCUAUUAG